AUGGACAUUAUUAAAAGAGCAGCUUAGGAAUUAAAAGAUAGAGUCAAUAAGACAAGUUAGAUUGAAAAGCUUUUGUAAGAAGCUACAAGCAAAGAUAACUGGUAGGCUCAUCCUAAAACUUUAAAUACAAUAGCUGAAUAUACCAAUAGCAGUGAAGAAUGGAACAUUAUUUCUAAAUACAUUUGGGAAAAGCUUUAUAAAUCAGAUAAAAGCUAAAUAGUUACUUUUAAGACUCUCGUCUUAAUUGAGCACCUUCUUAAAAAUGGAUCUCCAAGAUGUAUUAUGGAAUUCAAAGACGAGCUUUAUAAAAUCAAGAAGCUUUAAGAUUUCAAGUUUUAUGAAGGAGGUGAAGAUAAGGGUUCUGGUGUACGCUAAAGAUCUAAAAAUAUUGUAGAUUUGUUGACUGAUGAAGAUAAGCUUGACCAUGAACGUUAAACAGCAAAGGAAUUAAGAGAAAAAAUGAAUAAAGUUAAUUACUCAUCAGGUGCCUAUGAAGGAAUGGGAUCUAAUACAUAUGGUUAAAGCCAAGGUGGCGGUUCAAAGUAUGCUGGUUUUUCAAGCGAUACCUAUAAAGAAUCUAAAUACUAAGGUUUUAGCUCUAAAGAUAAUGUCCCUGCUUAUAAAUAAGGAGAAUCAUACGACACUACAGAGUUUAAGGGGCUUGAUAAAUAUAGAAAUAAAGAUAAGAAUGAAAAUUAAGCUACUACUAAACCUGUUAGUGGUACCCUCAAAACAGAGAGCAAUUCAACUCAAAAAGAAGAAGAAUAAAAGAAACCUUUCUCAACUUAGCUAGCUCCUCUUCCUAAACCUGGUGAAGUUAAAAGCGUUGGUUAAAUUAAAAUAGCUCCUCCUGGUUAAAAACCUUAGCAACCAACCACUACUCAACCUACAUAAGCAACUCAAUAAUAAAAUUUAAUUGAAUUCGAUGAGCCUGCUCCAGUUCCUGUUCCUGUUAAUAACUAAAACAAUUAAAACAAAGAUGAUGAUUGGGAUUGGGGAAGUGCUACUACUGCUCCCAAGCCAGUAUAAAACACAGUCCCUCCAUAAUAGCCAGCUGUUUCUCAAUAAAUUUAUAAUUAGUAUCCCAAUUAUCCUUAACAAUAGCCUUAACCUCAAUAAUAACCAACAGGAUUUAAUUUAUACUAACAACCUGCUUAUCAACCAUAAUAAACAUUUAAUCCUCCUCCAGUUUAGUAGUAGGUCUAUAAACCACCUGUUUAAUAACAAAAUAAUGAUUUUGAUUUAUUUUAAUCUGCUCCUGCUGUUAAUAACAAUAAUAACAAACCCUAAUAAAAUAACAACAAAUAAGAAGUAGACCUAUUUGGGGAUUUCUAAGGUUCAUAAAAUUAAGGCUAAGAACAAAAGAAUUUUACUAAUGACGAAUUCAAUUUAAUUGAUUUAGGAGACAUGAAAAAAGAAGCUGAAAAAAAGUAAAAGGAAAAGGAAUAGAAGAAUCAAUAAAGUAAUGAAUUUGGUUUCUCUACUCUGAAUACAUAAUUAGACUCUUUGCAUAUUAAUCAAAACACAAAUUUAUACAAUAUGUCAUAAGCACCUCCUUAGUAAUCAAAUUAUGCCGCUCUUAAUUAAAUCAACGUAGGCUAUGGUGCAAAUUAAUAAGGAUAUGGAAUGCAAUAUGGUAUGUAGGGAGGUUACGGCGUUCCUCCUCAAGGAUAUGGAAUGUAUCCUCAAAACCAAAUGGGAAUGGGAUAUGGAACUCAUCCUCAAGGUAUGGGUUAUGGUUAACCUCAGCAUUAAGGUUACGGAGCUUAAGGAUACACAAACAAUUUCAAAAUGUGA